GUAGCUGACCGGGCUUUGGACCAGUCGCAGCUGCCUCUGAGCGUCCAAAGAAGAAGGAGGAGCGCUGUCAUGGCGGCCAAGGUGGUGAUAGUGGCCGUCCCGACGGUGCUGAGCAUAGCCUCCAUCCGUGUGUAUACUGUGAGGGAAGCGGCCACUGAUGGGCUGGUCACACGAGAGAAGCUGAACAUCUACACCCCCCUGCCACAGUCUGCCCAGCCUCAUUUUGCUCCAGAGAGUCCAGGUGUUAUUCAGAAUGGGUUAACUACAGCGAGAGAGAGCAUACAGCCAUUUUUCCAGGCUGUAAAGGGUGCCUGUGUCUCUGUGAAAAAGGGAACUGUUAAUCUGUACCAUGCAGGAGAGGAUGUGUACUAUUACUUGAAAGACCCUCCCCCGGAGUUUCUACCCAGAUUCGGUACCAUCACCAUGGCUGGCCUACUUGGCAUGUUCUUGGCACGGAAAGGCUCUCGUUUCAAGAGGGUAGCCGUUCCAAUGGGCCUGAUGAGUGCAGGAGCUUCAGUGUGCUACCCAGCCCAAGCAGUGGCCGUGUUAAAGGUGACGGGUAAGAAGGUGUAUGCUGCAGGGCAGUGGAGCAGUGCUGCGGUGUCUUCCCUGCUCACCCCCAAGCCCCAGGAGCCUGUCGCCAAAGAGACUGCUGCUUCACUACCACAGGCAACUACAGUGCUAAAUCCAGAGUCUUCAGUAGUUGAGGAGGCCUCAGAGGCCAGCUCAGCCCAGAGCUCUACAAUCCCUGAGACAGAGGUGGAAUCAGCUGAGUCUGUUCCUGUCUCUGAUGAGCCAAUUGUUGCUGUCGUAACAAAGGAGUUGUCAUCAGUAACACUCGCAGAGAUAUCCCCCGACCAGACCCCUACAGAGACCAGCACAGAUCCAGUGGCACAUUCAGUACCAGCAGAGACAGAAACCACCGCAACUCCUGAGGAAAUACCUGCUUCUGUUGAAAGUGAAGAGCCCUCACAGGCAGCAAAGGACGUCUCCACCGACACCAGCCCAGCCGAGUCCACGCCGAGCAUAGAACUGGAGACAACAGAGGCUGCGCCAACUGAAACUGCCCCAGUUGAGUCUGUUCCAGUGGCUGUUGUUCCAGUGGCUGUUGUUCCAGUGGAGGUUGCUCUAGACGAGUCUGCUCCAAUCGAGCCUGUGCUUGCCGAGUCUGCUCCAUUGGAGUCUGCUUCAGCUGAGUCUGCUGAAGUCGGGUCUGCUCCUUCCUCUGAAGAACUACCUGUUCCAAAGUCCUCAGACGAACCAGCAGUGCCAGUUGUUGAAUCAGCUGAACCUGAUCCUGAUCCUGCUCCUCAACCUGAGUUAGCUGACCCACCACAAGUCGCCGCUGUGGAGGAGACAUUAAACCCAACACUCACACCACCACCUCCUCAACAGCCUGCAGUAGAAAAUAGAACAGGUGGCUCUGGUUUCAAGCCAGACCCUGCUGUAAUGGACUUUGGCCAGUCCAACCCUGAGGAUGAAGACCUGUACAGCACACGCAGCUGAGAUACCACAGUCGGCUGCAGGAGAAACCUUAUUCCCACACUGCCAUCUCACAUCUCAUUCACAUUAACAGUCUGUAUCAUUAUGCAGUGUAAAUAGGCCAUUUUGCAAGCAAGCAGAGUUAUAAACUCUUUCAUCAACAUUUCCAUUCUCAUUUCCUCCCCCCACAUCAUUUAUUAUUUUUCUACAGAAAAGGUCCAAGUACAUUUGCAUUCUAGCAGUAAUGCAGUGAAUUGUGAUACAAAGAGCUGAUGGUUUGCAAAGGAUGGAAACCUGGAAAAAAAUACACCCACAUCCUUUUACAAGUCUUUUAAUUCACAGAUGGCAGAUUGUGAAAUGUUCUCUCUGUAUGUGUCAUUUAACAAUUAAUGGCUUUUGUGCUCCAACUUUAACUGCGUGGCGCUUUUAUUUAUUGUAAUUUAGCCCAUUGCAUUGGUAAGAUGACAAUACUGAACGUGUGCUGGUAAUGAUUACAAGAUGGACUUGUGCUGUUCCAGUUUGUUACGUCAGAGAUUGUCCUAAGUUGUUUAGAACCAAAAAUAAAUCUAUAUUUUUCACAAUUUCA